ACGCACCCGGGCAAGGCCACGCCUCCCGCCCCUCCCUCCUCCUCCAGCGCCCGCCGCCAAGCGAGGCGCCGCAAAGUGUCGUGCUCCCGCACCACGAUCCCGAAAGAGAGGCCUGACAGGAAGCCUGCUCUCGCUUUACGGCCGCUGGAUGAGGAGGAGCGGCGAAGGGGAGCGGGAGGCGCUGCUGCUGCUGAGAGGACUUUGGGGUGAGGGACAUGGCCGAGGUACCGCCCGGGCCUAGCAGCCUCCUCGCCUCGCCGGGAGACGCCGCCUCGCUCCUGUCGCCCUUCCCGGGAGCCGACGAGGAGGAAGAGGAGGAGGAGGAAGGCGGAGGAGGAGGCCGGCCCUGCCAGGAGAAAGAGGAGGAGGAGGCGGCGGCCGGGGAUGAAGGCGGCCGGGAGGGGCCCCGCCGCCGCCCCUGCCCCCAGCCGCCGCCGCCCCCCCGGCGCAACCACCAGCUCAACGGGCUCAUCGCCGCCCCGGACCUGCGGCACCUGCGGAGCUCCCUCAAGGGCAAGGUCCUGAGCGGCGGCGGCGGCGGCGUCUACGAGCAGCGGCGCCCGCCCGGCCAAAAGGGCAGCAGCAGCCACAGCAUGGGAGGACACGGGCAGGAGGCCCAGCAGCCGCAGCAGCACGAAGGGGAGCAGGAGCCUCUGCCGCCGGCCCCCUCCCUCAGCAACCACCACCCCGCUCCCCACCGGGUCCCCCAGCCCCAAGCAAGGACUGCGCAGCAGCAGCAGCAGCACCCUCGCCGCCGCCAGCACCACCACCACGCUCCUGCCCCCUCCUCCUCCUCCUCCGGGGACAGGAAUGGGCUGGCUGGGGAAGAGGAGGAAGGUGCGGAGCAGGAGUUGGAAGAGGAGGAGGAGGAGGAGUCCCUGCUGCUCCUCUCUCGGUCCUUGGCCUCCACCUGCAGUUUGCAAAAGGGGCCCCCUACGGACUCUUCCUGGGCCCCGCAGGAGGAGGAGGAAGGGGACCUCGCCACACGAUACGUCCGAUACGAAUCUGAGCUGCAGAUGCCCGAUAUCAUGAGACUGAUCACCAAAGAUCUGUCUGAACCCUACUCCAUUUACACAUAUAGGUAUUUUAUCCACAACUGGCCUCAGCUUUGCUUUUUGGCAAUGGUGGGAGACGAGUGCGUAGGUGCUAUCGUCUGCAAGUUGGAUAUGCACAAAAAGAUGUUUCGCAGAGGUUAUAUAGCCAUGUUAGCUGUGGAUUCCAAAUACAGAAGAAAAGGCAUAGGUACAAACUUGGUUAAGAAAGCUAUUUAUGCCAUGGUAGAAGGAGAUUGUGAUGAGGUUGUCUUGGAGACCGAGAUCACCAACAAGUCUGCAUUGAAACUUUAUGAAAACCUUGGUUUUGUGCGAGACAAGAGGCUGUUCAGAUACUAUUUAAAUGGAGUUGAUGCUCUGCGUCUUAAACUGUGGCUGCGUUAAUAGGAGGCCAUCACUGCACCGAGGACUCCUUCCCACCCGACACAGCAGUGGCGGCAGCAGCGGCGUCCUUUUGCAUGCAAUGCCAUUGGUGUGGAAUUGCUUUGCAGGUGGACCUGACUUCCAUGCAGCUCUUCUUUCUGAGUGUCUCAUCGAGCGUCGCACCUAAAUUGUUGCACUGUGUGGCAUGGCACAUCUUGUUCUGAAUUUACAACAGGUUGCUUCACACUUCAGAUCCUCAUGGUAACCAGGAAGAUGUGCCACUAGGUAGCCAAGAUCCCUUCUUUUUUCAUUUUGCAGUUCUGACUCCUGUUACAUAAAUGGUGAACACUUUAUCCAAGAACCUGGGUGUGUGGAACGCAACUUUUUUCGGUUCCAGAGAGAGAGAGCGCCAAUGUAGAUUGUAAAAUUCUAUAAGUAUACUAACAUUUCAUACAAAACUCACCAUAGUUUUUUCUGGGGAAAAUUUAAAAAAAAAAAGGCUUCAACUUUAGGUUUUAUUUUUCAAUAUUGAACUUUCCAUUCUUAAAUAUUGGUACCUCAGUGAUUAGUGGAUGAAAAAAUGUAUUGUAGGGUGGGGUGUGUGUUACAUCGAGUAACGGUAACAAUUAAAUUGCGUCUGCCAGUGCCUGUAUAGAUACGUAUAUUUGUCUCCACCGCUAAUUUGAGUGCAUGCUUUUCUUUUCUUGAUUUUCUUUCUGUCUUUGCAAGAACGGCUUUUAUUUAAAUUCUGGAUUUGAUAAUAAAUUAUUUCAGACUUUUAUAAUUUGGAUACUUUUCCCAGGUGAGGGCUUGAAAAGUCCUUUUCUUAUAGUAAGAAGUGUAAGCUAUUUUGGAAAACCUCGAGUAGCUGCUAAAAGGGAGUCUGAUGCACUUUUUCCUUUAAAAAGAGUGAGGGAUCUUUUUUUUUUUUAAACCAGCAAAUUAAUGUAAAUUGGGUUGAUCUUUUAUUUAAUCAAAACUAUCACUAGAAUAGCUAAGAACCAUUAUUUUAAAGCAGUUGGGACUUAAUUUUGAUUUGGAUUCAUAUUGCUUUGCUUCCAUGUUCUAAAAAAAAUGCUUUGGUCAUUGGUUCUUGGUCAUGAAAAUAAAUCUCAAGAUUUACUGUGUCCAUUUUAAGCUGCUUUUUUCCUCCAAAAACCAAAAGCCAAAAAUCUUGCAGUUUUAAUUUUCUUCUGAAUAAUUUGGCAGAGGUGUGUCAAAAGUAUGGUUUGAACUUUCCCCCUUUUUAAAAUGGGCUACAGAAACUUGUUUAAAAACAUCUCCCCCCCCCCCCCAGCAGUUAAACGGUGUAUACUUCUGUCUGUCAGUGCAAUAUGUAAAACAUUUAAAUCACUUUUUUGGCAGUUCAGCAAUGACAGCAUUGGUAUGUAUAUAAGUCAAGACAAAACCCUAGAUGACUCAUGGGGGGGAAAUCUCUUCCUCAUACUGAGAAGAAAACUUUCAGAAUUCAACUUUGCCUUACUACGUUGUAUGUUAAGGAUUCAACUUGCGUUGUAAACAUGGUUUGAGUUACUGUACAUUUGUGAGGAUCUGACCUCCAGUCACACUUCAGAGGAGAAAAAGACCCAUUCUGGACAGCUUAGGUUUAAAGGAAGGCCAUCCUUAUUUUGCACAGACUGAGCAUCUCCCCCACUAUGUAUAAGUUGUGAAUUGUAUUUGGGAAAAAAUAAAGGAUUUUAAUUUAAAACUGG